AUGCACUGGGAGUGGAAGAAUUGUUCGGUGGCGUGGCAUGACAUGCACAAAGGACGCUCUCUUACGCCUACACUCAUAUUGGAGGCGGUUGCCUCAAAAGAUUUGUGGAUCUGGUAUGCAUUCUUUGGAAUGCCGGGUUCACACAAUGAUAUUAAUGUACUGGAUCAUUCUCCGAUAUUCGACAGUAUCGUUAUUGGCCAAAUUCCUCCGAUCAUCCCGCACCCAACUACAGUAAAAGAAAAACUUUUUGCUCAAAGACAAGAGGCUUAUAGGAAAACUGUGGAACGAGCUUUUGGGGUCUUGCAGAGCAAGUGGGCAAUAACGCAAGGACCAAGCACUAAUGGAGCUGCUCUAAUAUGUCCUCUUGUAGCUGUUAGAAUGGUGAGUCAAACAGCUGCUGUUACUUUGUUUAAAGUUGCAAUAGUCCUUUCAGGACUCUGUUCUGUUCUUCCCAUUGGAGACCCAAAGGAAGAGAAUUAA